AUGCCUACCAUUUCGGUCGACAAGGCCGCGCUCUUCCAAGCGCUGGGCAGAGAAUACACCACUGAGGAAUUCGAUGAAUUGUGCUUCGAAUUCGGUAUUGAGCUUGACGAAGAUACAACAAACUCGGAACGGCCGAUCGUCGAUGGCGUACAGGAACCGCCUCAGCUCAAGAUUGAGAUCCCCGCCAACCGAUAUGACUUGCUGUGCUUCGAGGGUAUUGCCCUCAUGCUCAACAUCUUCCUGGAACGGAAGCCUCUUCCUAAGUACAGACUAGUUGAGCCUCCGAGUGGAGAGCUCCAGAAAAUCAUUGUCAAGGAAAGCACCACGAAGAUUAGACCCCUUGUGUCCGGUGCUAUCCUCCGAAACAUCACCUUUGAUAAGGCGCGAUACGAAUCCUUCAUCGCUCUGCAAGACAAGCUGCACCAGAACCUGGCGAGGCAAAGGACGCUCGUCUCCAUUGGUACCCAUGACUUGGACACUAUCAAGGGACCUUUCACCUAUGAAGCGCAAGCGCCCAAGGACAUCCGCUUUGUGCCUCUCAACCAAACAAAGGAGAUGAACGGCGAGGAGCUUAUGGCUUUCUACGAUAAAGACAAAAAUUUGGGCAGAUACCUUCACAUCAUCCGCGACUCUCCUGUUUACCCAGUCAUCUACGACGCCAAUAGAACCGUCUGCUCCCUUCCGCCUAUCAUCAACAGUGACCACUCGAAGAUCACCCUGGACACCAAGAAUGUCUUCAUUGAGAUCACCGCGCUUGAUAAGACGAAGGUGGAGAUUGUGAACAAGAUCAUGGUUUCCAUGUUCUCUGAGUACACAUCCGAACCCUUCACGGUCGAGCCUGUUCAGAUUGUCUCUGAGCACAACGGUGAGACUCGGAUAACUCCCGACAUUGCGCCUCGAACUACGCAGGCCGAAGUGUCCUACAUCAACCAAUGCUGCGGCUUGCAACUCUCUGCGGAGGAGAUUUGCAGACUCCUCACGAAGAUGGCAUACGAAGCGGCACCUUCUACGACUUCUCCUGAUCUCAUUGACGUUCACAUUCCUCCAACCCGAGCGGACAUUCUUCAUCAGGCGGACAUUAUGGAGGAUGUUGCUAUCGCCUACGGUUUCAACAAUCUUCCGAGAUCUUUCCCCAGCAAGUCGGGCACCGUUGCCCAGCCCCUCCCCAUCAACAAGCUUUCCGACAUUGUCCGCACAGAGGCCGCAAUGGCAGGCUGGUCCGAGGUGCUGCCUCUGAUCUUGUGCUCUCACGAUGAGAACUUCUCCUGGCUCAACCGCAAGGAUGACGGUAACACCGCCGUCAAGCUGGCGAACCCCAAGACCCAAGAGUUCCAGGUCGUGCGCACCAGCCUGCUCCCCGGUCUCCUGAAGACCAUCCGCGAGAACAAGCACCACACCGUCCCAAUGAAGAUCUUCGAAGUCAGCGACGUCGCUUUUAAGGAUCUUUCGAUGGAGCGCAAGAGCCGAAACGAGAGGCAUUUCGCUGCCGCGUGGUACAGCAAGACCAGCGGUUUCGAAGUCGUACACGGUCUGCUCGACCGCGUCAUGUCAAUGCUGAAGACCGCCUUCAUCAUUGGCGAGGAGGGCCUGGAGAACGCCGCAGUCAAGGACUCGCACUACUGGAUCGAAGAGCUUGACGACCCAACCUACUUCCACGGCCACUCUGCCUCCAUCCACGUCCGCAUCGCUGGAAAGGACCACACCAUCGGUACCUUUGGUAUCCUGCACCCCACCGUGCUGGAGAACUACGGCCUGAAAUACCCCGUCAGCACGCUGGAGAUUAACAUCGAGACCUUCUUGUGA